ACACUUUGCCUAGAUGCGUUUGGGUGUGGUGGGGAGGGGGUGACGGCCUCAUUUACUGACAGAGGCCAGGGCUGGCUUCUAGGCGACCGGGUUGGCCACUUUCACUGCGCUUGUGGGUUUGCUGGGAUCCAAGUUGACGCGACUUUUCCAGGAGUAGCUGGAAGACCUGAAUAGAAACUUCAGGGGUCCCAGGACUGGCGGGGCUUAGAGGAACUCCCCGCCCCGCUUGCCCUUCCGGGGAACGGCCUGGCUAGGGGUGCGCUUUGACGCAAGGAGCGCAUCGCUCUGGCUUGGCCGGGACCAGAGUUUGGGGGAGGGCUCCUUGCCCACUGCGAAGACUUUGGGGAAGGCGACGGCCAGGGGACGGACAUCUGGGGGAAGGCUGGGGGUCUGAAUGGCAGGAGCUGCACCAGGGGGCUGUGCGCGCCUCGCCGGGGGCUGUCUCCACCUCUUCUGGCGAGUUGGACCUAUGAGUGCGCAGCUCCGCUUACAACUAUCAACAGCCGGGAAGGCUGAGCGCGUGUGAGCGCCGAGGGGGGCGCAGGACCCUCGCAACUUCUUCGCAGGACCCCAGCCUGGCCGCCGGCGCCCGCAGCCGUCCCAGAGCCCUGCGCCCGCGCCUCCCCUUGAGCACCUUGGCGGCGCCCGGCGGGCGGUCCUGCCAGCCCCGACGGGAUGCCCGCAGCCAUGCUCCCCUACGCCUGCGUCCUGGUGCUUUUGGGAGCCCACACCGCACCGGCGGCUGGGGAGGCCGGGGGCAGCCGCCUGCGCUGGGAACCCCACUGCCAGCGGCCCUUGCCAGAUAGAGCGCCCAGCACUGCGAUUCUGCCCCCACGCCUCAGUGGACCUUGGAUCUCCACGGGCUGCGAGGUGCGCCCAGGACCGGAGUUCCUGACCCGCGCUUACACCUUCUACCCCAGCCGGCUCUUUCGAGCCCACCAGUUCUACUACGAGGACCCCUUCUGCGGGGAGCCUGCCCACUCGCUGCUCGUCAAGGGCAAAGUCCGCCUGCGCCGGGCCUCCUGGGUCACCCGGGGAGCCACCGAGGCCGACUACCACCUGCACAAGGUGGGCAUCGUCUUCCACAGCCGCCGGGCCCUUCUCGACGUCACCAGGCGCCUCAACCAGACCCGCGCCGGCCGGGACUGCACGCCGCGGCUGCCCCCAGCCCGGGCCUGGCAGCCCGGGGCGCUGUACGAGCUGCGGAGCGCCCGGGCUCAGGGGGACUGUCUGGAGGCGCUGGGCCUCACCAUGCACGAGCUCAGCCUGGUCCGCGUGCAGCGCCGCCUGCAGCCGCAGCCCCGGGCGUCGCCCCGGCUGGUGGAGGAGCUGUACCUGGGGGACAUCCACACCGACCCGGCAGAGAGGCGGCACUACCGGCCCACCGGCUACCAGCGCCCGCUGCAGAGCGCACUGCACCACGUGCAGCCGUGCCCAGCCUGUGGCCUCAUUGCCCGCUCCAAUGUGCACCACCCCCCUGUGCUGCCGCCCCCUCUGGCCCUGCCCCUGCACCUGGGCGGCUGGUGGGUCAGCUCGGGGUGCGAGGUACGCCCAGCGGUCCUGUUCCUCACCCGGCUCUUCACUUUCCACGGGCACAGCCACUCCUGGGAAGGGUAUUACCACCACUUCUCAGACCCAGCCUGCCGGCAGCCCACCUUCACCGUGUAUGCCGCCGGCCGCUACACCAGGGGCACGCCGUCCACCAGGGUCCGCGGCGGCACCGAGCUGGUGUUUGAGGUCACACGGGCCCAUGUGACCCCCAUGGACCAGGUCACCACGGCCAUGCUCAACUUCUCGGAGCCAAGCAGCUGUGGGGGUGUGGGGGCCUGGUCCGUGGGCACUGAGCGGGAUGUCACAGCCACCAAUGGCUGCCUACCACUGGGCAUCCGGCUCCCGCACGUGGAGUACGAGCUUUUCAAGAUGGAGCAAGACUCCCUUGGGCAAAGCCUGCUCUUCAUCGGACAAAGGCCCACCGAUGGGUCAAGUCCCGAUACCCCAGAGAAACGUCCCACCUCCUACCAAGCACCCCUGGUGCUCUGUCAGGGGGAGGCCCCCGACUUCUCCAGGCCACCGCAGCACAGGCCAUCGCUGCAGAAGCACCCCAGCACAGGGGGUCUUCGCAUAGCAUCCCUCCCACUUCUGCCCCUAGUUCUAGGGCUGGUCUUCCUCCACUGGCUGUGACAUUGGACUUGACAUCAGGAUGGCGGCUCUGGACACCCAUUCAACCCUUCAGACUCCCUCCUGGUAGCUGUAGGGAAGGAACCAUUCUCCUCUGCUCUGUCAUGGAUGGAUGCACAGCCCCACUGCUUCCAAACUCUGCCUGUGUCCCAUGUGGCUCAGGGCAUGAGCUUAACACCUGCAAAGCCUAUACCACAUCCCGCAGCCCGGGUCCCCAGUCAUGCACUUGGACGCGGCAGUGAUGUUCAUCGCUACGUGAGUUUCUAAAGAUCACUCCCAAUUUUUCUACUUUCCUCAUCCUUGGCAGCUCGCCAACAGGUGCAGUCAGGGGGCCACACGGAAACCCCCCCAUCCCAUGCUCCCCGCAGUUCUUCCCAUCCUGACCCUUGGGAUUCCAAGACGGGAGCAAGAGGAGACCCUGAGGCUCUGCCUAGGGACGAGGCCUACUGUUCUGCCAUGUCUGUAGGUUGUUGUUUAAAGAUUAUUAAUUUGAAUUUAGCAAUACGAUCUCUAAGUGGUGCCAUGAAUUAAAGAUGCCACUUCGGGCUUUCAGUGCUUUUCAGCUUUUGGGCAAAGGGCUUGUGUCUUCAGGGGCAGCUCAGCUUUCCUGAGUCGUGACUGCUGGCAUUCAUCUGCAUUUGCCUGUGCUUCUGCGAGUCGGACCUCAAGCUGCCAACACUGCGUGUGGAUAAAUCCAGUUUUCCCGAGCCAGCAUGCAAAUGAAGAGGACUCCAUCUAAGCUGAGAAGCGUGGCCUCCCCAGAGCAGGCUGCGACCUCCAAGCCUCCCUGGCCCAAGUGAAUGCCAGUGUGCACCAGGCUGGCUGCUGGGGGCAGGUCUUUGGAGGGGAGCAGCGUUGCCAGCCUUCUGGAAGUAGUUAAUAGUAACGACAACUGUAACACUAACGUGCUCUGCAAUUCGCCCUGCCCAGCCAUCCUCGGUUGCCGAGAUUUCCUGUGCUUGCCUGACAAAGGAAGAGAAUCUCUGAAUGUGUAUCUUUGGACUCACCCUAGGGAGAGGUCAGGGUCGCCAGGCUACAUGGUGACAUCUGGGCAGCUCCGCCUUGCCCAGCCUCCUUGCCAUAAUCCUAAUAUAUUGGUGUCCUCUGCUCAGAGGGGACUGUCAUCAUGGUGGGAACAGGCUGUGCCUCUCUAGGGACUCUGCCCGUGUUCCCAGGGCCUCAUCUGUACACUGUGAAAUUAACUGGCAUCCUGGUGGGCCCAAGGGCUUUCAGGACUGGGGGCCAAUGACUCACCCCCUCCUUCCUCCUCCUGAUCCCUAUCUCUAGCUCUUAUCACAGAUUUUGAACAAUGGUCUGUGAGGUUAAUGAUGCUUUCAGAGGGAAGCCCUUUUCCUCCCUGAGACUGUGUGGGGUUCAGUCAGCCUGCUGAAAUUGCUCCCACUUAUUACCCAUUCUUCUUCUUAAAAAAAAUAAAAGCCCACCAAGUUAGUAUUCUCUGUGGGUCUCAGACAGCUACGAGUGUUCCUGGCAUAUUUACCAAAGUACAAGAAAUCAUUACAUUAUUUACGGUCUCAGACUACAGCACGGUGAGGGGAGCUCCUGGUGGGGAUGUCGGUGGGUGUCGAUGAUACGUCCACGGCUGAGCAGGUCUUGUAUCCGAAGCUUGAAGCAACCAUGCCACCAUUUAUCAUCAAAUUUGAACCUUUUAAUAAAAUUAAACAGCCUGA